UGUGGACAGGCCAGAGUCCACUGCAGGGACACGGCGUUUACCGAGAACUGUCUUUACGUUUAACUCUUUGUCUGGACGGUCGGCUGCAGCGGAGUCAGUGUCAUGGCGGUCAGCAUCAUGUCGGCUCGCUGUCGAGCGUCUGUUCUGUUUCGCUUCCUCCUUGGCUGCUUCCUUCAGGUUCUCAUCCAAGGAGAAGUGUUUCGGGCUCCACAGGCCCACAGUGUGUUCCUGCGGUCCAAGCGGGCCAACCUGUACCUGCUGGAGGAGAUCCUGCAGGGGAACCUGGAGCGGGAGUGUUACGAGGAGCUGUGCAACUACGAGGAGGCUCGCGAGUGCUUCGAGAACAACGAAAAGACGCUCGCCUUCUGGACCGUUUACUACGACGGGGACCAGUGUGACCCGAACCCAUGCCUUCACGGAGGGAACUGCACCGACAAAGUCGGGGGGUUCCACUGCUCCUGCGCCGCCCCGCACUACGGUCCAGUCUGUGAACUGGAAGCUGUGGCAGACCUGGGAGACAGAGUGCUGCCCCCCAUCGCACCACAAAUCACAGAGUGUCCGACUGAAGGUCCGACGGCAUGUCACCAGCUGUGCACGGCGUCCAAACACACCUUCACCUGCUCCUGCAUGCCGGGAUUCAAACUACACACCGACGGACGGAGCUGCCAGCCUGAAGUGGAGUUCCCCUGUGGACGACUUCCAGACAAGUUCAACUCAACUGUAUCAAUGUGUCACCAUGGAGACUGUCCCUGGCAGGUAUCCCUGUUCAACAGCAGAGGGGUGGAGCUGUGUAGCGGCGUGGUGCUGGGUCGAUUCUCAGUCCUGACGGCCGCCCGCUGCAUCUUCCUGGACUCUGGGUCUAAUCUCCAACCCAACAACUUCCACGUGGUGUCUGGCGACAGGAAGGUGAUCGUCCCUGUCCAGGUCCUGUUCAUCCACAACCGUUUCCAUUCACAUCACCACGACCAUGACCUCGUGCUCCUCAAGCUGGCAAGUCCUCUGCACUUUGGCCCCGCCCUCAUCCACCUCUGCCUGCCCACCAAGGACUUCAGCGAGAACAUCCUGAUGCAUCCUGGGAAAACGGGCAUCGUCGAGAGACGGGGCGUCAGCCGGACCCAGAAACUCGUCUACAUGAUGCUGGACGAAUGUCGCAGUCAGCUCAACGUCUCGCAUCCGCUCAGCAACAAAAUGUUCUGCAUGAGGAGGCAAAAUGGAGCGGCGGGGAACCGAAAUAGAGUUUACAGGAGCCCAAAUGGACCAUCAAGGUACCAAAAUGGAGCCCAACAAAUGCUGAAUAGACAAAAUGGCACCCAGGAGAGCCCAGAUCGACCGUUGGGGAACCAAAAUGGCACCCAGGAGAGCCCAAAUCCAUCAUUAGAGAACCAAAAUGGCUCCCAGGAGAGCCCAAAUCGACCAUUGGGGAACCAAAAUGGCUCCCGGGAGAACCCAAAUCAACCGGUGGGGAACCACAAUGGCUCCCAGAAGAGGCUGAAUGGACACACAGUGAACCAGAGUCAAACCCAUGACAGUCAAAGUGGAACACCAGAGACACCAAAUGGAGUAGAAAACAACGACCCUUCAAAGAUUCGCAAGGCCUCAGGAGCCGGCGGCAGUCCAACGUCAAAGGUCAGAGGCAAGCAAUGUGGCGGCCUGUUGCCGGGGACGCCCGUUGCCACGGUGGAUCGAGGGACGGCGUUUCUGACUGGAAUCCUUGUGUCAUCAUCCGCUGGCUGCGACGGUGGCGGUCUCGUGUUCACGAAACUCUCCCGCUACCUGGGCUGGAUCAGACCAAGGCUGGAGGCCUUCGAGGAUCACAUGACCACUCAAGUCAGCCAGUAUCCUGAGAUGCGCUAACAACCAGCGCGACGCCGCCACCUUUAAAACUCUUUAACAUCAAACUCAGAAUCCGUCUGUACCAUGGUCGUCUUCUGUGUUUGUGCUCGUGGUACUUUGACAAUAAACGUGCCCUGCUGGUCAAACUGGCCGACUGUUCGAUAAA